GAGGAGGGGACAGAGAGGUCUCCUGGGCCUGACCCCGCCCAUGAGCUUGAGAAGUGCUCCUGCCCCGGGAAGAGGCUCAGCGCAGAAGGAGGAAGGACAGCACAGCUGACAGCCGUGCUCAGGAAGCUUCUGGAUCCUAGGCUCAUCUCCACAGAGGAGAACACGCCGGCAGCAGAGACCAUGGGGCCCCUCUCAGCCCCUCUGUGCACACAGCGCAUCACCUGGAAGGGGCUCCUGCUCACAGCAUCACUUUUAAACUUCUGGAACCCGCCCACCACUGCCCAAGUCAUGAUUGAAGCCCAGCCACCCAAAAUUUCUGAGGGGAAGGAUGUUCUUCUACUUGUCCACAAUUUGCCCCAGAAUCUUGCUGGCUACAUGUGGUACAAAGGGCAAAUGAUGGACCUCUACCAUUACAUUAUAUCAUAUAUAGCAGACAGUCAAACAAUUAUACCUGGGCCUGCAUACAGUGGGCGAGAAACAGUAUAUUCCAAUGCAUCCCUGCUGAUCCAGAAAGUCACGCGGGAGGACGCAGGAUCCUACAACUUACACAUCAUAAAGCGAGGUGAUGAGACUACAGGAGUAACUGGACAUUUCACUGUCACCUUAUACUCGGAGACUCCCAAGCCCUCCAUCUCCAGCAGCAACUUAAACACCAGGGAGGCCAUGGAGGCUGUGAUCUUAACCUGUGAUCCUGAGACUCCGGACGCAAGCUACCUGUGGUGGAUGAAUGGUCAGAGCCUCCCUGUGACUCACAGGUUGCAGCUGUCCGAAGCCAACAGGACCCUCAUUCUAUUUGGUGUCACAAAGGAUAUUGCAGGACCCUAUGAAUGUGAAAUACGGAACCCAGUGAGUGCCAGCCGCAGUGACCCAGUCACCCUGAAUCUCCUCCCGAAGCUGCCCAAGCCCUACAUCACCAUCAACAACUUAAACCCCAGGGAGAAUACGGACGUCUUAACCUUCACCUGCGAACCUAAGAGUGAGAACUACACCUACAUGUGGUGGCUAAAUGGUCAGAGCCUCCCGGUCAGUCCCAGCGUAAAGCGACCCAUUGAAAACAGGAUCCUCAUUCUACCCAGUGUCACAAGAAAUGAAACAGGACCCUAUCAAUGUGAAAUACGGGACCAAUAUGGUGGCAUCCUCAGUGACCCAGUCACCGUGAAUGUCCUCUAUGGUCCAGACCUCCCCAGAAUUUACCCUGCAUUCACCUAUUACCAUAAAGGGGAAAACCUCUCCCUGUCCUGCAUCGCCGACUCUAACCCACCGGCAGAGUAUUCUUGGACAAUUAAUGGGAAGUUUCACCUAUCAGGACAAAAACUCUCUAUCCCCCAAAUUACUACAAAGCAUAGCGGGCUCUAUGCUUGCUCUGUUCGUAACUCAGCCACUGGCAAGGAAAGCUCCAAAUCCGUGACAGUCAAAGUCCCUGCUUAUAGCAGUUCAAUAAACUAUACUUCUGGGAAUGAUAAUUGAAACAUUUGCUUUUGCUCUCUACCUGACUGCCUCAGAAUUGGGCAACUAUUCAUGAGUAUUGAUAUGUUUAUGGUAAUACACAUGUUUGCACAAGUACAGUAACGAUCUGCUCUCUUUGUAACAGGACACAUUUGAAAUCAUUGGUUAUAGUACCAAGGCUUUGACUGGGAUGCUAUAUUUAAGAAUAUAGAUAGAAUGAACCAAUAUGAACCGCAGACAAAGUCUGAAGUCAGCCUUGGUUUGGCUUCCUAUUCUCAAGAGUUUUGUAAAAGUUUAAUCUGAGAUUCCUUUGAAAAACUUAGAGCAAAGAAAGUUUUAAAAGAGCGUCCACAUGGUCCAUUGCUACUCUUGCUGCACUUAUGUAAAGAAUCAGACCAAGUUUAAAGAAACUCAACCUAUUUUACAAACAAACAUUCUACUGAAAUUAUCAUUGGUAAAACUAGAGAUGCCCAUAGAGAGAAAAAUUAUGUGGAAAAUAAAAACUGUAGUACACCUGUUAUGAGAUUGCAGCCCUGUUCAUUGUUUCUGUGUUUUUAUUAUCCAUCUGCAGAGUGGACAUUACCUUGAAUUCUACCAGUUCCUCCAAUUCCAUUUUCUCCCAUGGAAUCACUAAGA